AGAUCCGAGUAUGGAGGGAGUUCAAGCGCUGUUGGGAUCAACAAUCAAGGCAACGUUCUGGAAAAUCUUUCUGUUGGCAUUGGGACUAUUGCUGUGAAUUUUGAAAAAAUAUCCAACAUGAUGGAGAAAAGAGAAAAAGAUAGAGAUAGAGAUAGAGAGCUCGAGGGUAUUAUUUGGGAUGUUAUAAAAGAAAUUCCAAAUUUGGAUGACAUAACGCGUUUCAAGACAGCUGAAUUGUUAAAUACUAAAGCAAAAAAGGAUUUUUUCUUGAAGAUGUCACCGGAAGAACGCUCAUCUUGGAUAAACUUUAAGUUAGGGAAUAAUUAAUAUUUUGAUAAUCUAUUAUUAACAUAUUAUUUUAAACAUCGUGAGUUUGUUGAACUAUAUCUUUUGGGUCUCUAUUUUGGUUGAAGUAUUUGGUUUGUUUUUUGGUCGAACUAUUAUGGUUGUAUUUUGGUUGAAAUAUUUGGUUUGUUUUUUGGUCGAACUAUUAUGGUUGAAGUAUUUAGGUUAUAUAUUUUGUGAAAUUGUUGUGGUUAAACUUUAGUUAUAUUUAUUUUAUAUAUGAAUUUGUAUUAACUUUGAUAUUAACUUUGAUAUUGACUUAUAACCAUGACCAUGACAUAAAGAACGAAGAAAUGGAUGGAGAUAUAUAUAAUGAAGAUACAAAUGAUGAAGAUAUAGAUGACGAGGAAACAAAUGAAGAAUUUUAUGAAGCCACAUACACAUAUGUGAUGGCAAUUUAUGCUUUAAUAGAUAUAUUAAAUCAGUUUUUGAAUAUGAUGCGUGGUGAACAUAUUGAACGUCCAUUAACUCGACGACAAAUUACUAGUCGGGGAUAUGACUAUAUACACAAAGCAUUAAACGAUGAUCCUGCAAUCUUUCGACAAGUAUAUAGGAUGUAUCCUGAUGUAUUUCGAAAGUUGUGCACGAUUAUAAGAGAAAAAACACCUUUGGAGGAUACAAGAUUUAUUUGUGUUGAAGAAAUGCUUGCAUCAUUCCUACAGAUUGUCGGCCAGAACACUCGAUAUUGUGUAAUCCGCAAUACAUUUGGCCGAUCACAAUUUGCUACAAGUGAAAAUUUUCACAAGAUUUUGAAAGCUCUGAACUCAUUAGCACCUGAUUUAAUGGUUAGACCAGGCUCAACUGUGCCUGCAAAAAUAAGGGAAAGCACAAGGUUUUAUCCUUAUUUUAAGGAUUGCAUUGGAGCUAUUGAUGGUACACAUAUUCCCGCAUCAGUAAAAGGACGAGAUGUAAGCAGUUAUCGUGAUCGU